AUGAGCGAGAUAAAGUGGCAACUCUCGGCAGGUGUUGUCAGCUUGCUUGUGUCGAAGGCAUUAAUAACUGAGAAAAAGAGAUGUCCACAGCCUUUGGUGAAGUCAGGGAUUGGAUGUCAUCUGUUUCUAGCAAUGGAUGAUGACACUUUCCAAAGUCACAUGCAGCUAACAAGACGUCAGUUUAAUUUCCUUAAUGACAGUUUUGGGAGAAUGGGCAUGGCAGAAGUACCAAAAAAUGUUGGUGGGCAACCUCGUGUUCCUUUAGAAAUGAAGACUGCUAUGUUUCUGUGGUACAUGGCAAAUCAGAACUCAUUUAGAGAGAUUAGAGACAAGUUCAAUGUGUCUCGGUCUACUGCCCAUGAGAUCAUAGUUAGUGCGCUGGACAGUGUUUGCCAAUUAGCAGCUUCCUUCAUAACAUGGCCAGAUGAAAAUGAAAAUCUUCGUAGCUCGAGAGCGUUUCAACGAUCAUGUAGCAGAGAAAGAAUUAUUGGUGCUAUUGAUGGGUGCCAUAUUAAGAUCCAAAGACCCAGGCGACAUGGCAUAGACUAUAUGAAUCAGAAAAGAAUACUAUUCAAUCCUUAUUCAGGGUAUUUGUGA